AUGAUGAAGCAAUUGCAGUUCAAGCUGGAAAUCACUCCGUUUUCCGAGCAGUUUCGGGCAGAGUUCAAGGAGGAUUUGAGGAGGGGCGGCCUGUCUAUGGUGGACAGGGCGUUCAAGUACAUGUAUGUCAAUAGGACUUCCUACAACGGUGUUGGGGGCUUUUCCGUGGCACUCGCCAAGGGUAGGAGGAUAUGCAAGGAGGUUUCGUGCUACCUUGCCGCAGUCGAGGGUUUGGAGGAUUUGCACAACAGGCUUUCCUCAGUUGUCAUCGAGAACAAGGACAUAUUCAAAAUCUUGGACAGGUUUGUCGAGAGAAUUCUUGACAUGAAAGCCAAGUGGAUGCUUUCUGGGUACGACCAUCCGAUUUACGAAGUGUUGAACGGUCGUUGCAGGAGGUUUGAAACCAAGUCGCCCUUUUCCGACUCCAAGAGGAACGAGGGCGACCAGAACAUUGUCGGUUGCUGCAUGGAUUCGUUCUUGACCGUUUUCGACAAGAAUACCGUGGAGUUCUACCUGAUGGAUGACGGCACGAACCCGAUGGACGAGAAGAGGAAUUACAACUUGAACGGCAGGGAGUGUAUCACCAACCAGUUGAAGAAAUACAUCGAGCAUGCUGGCGACCGUGAUGACGCUUUGAACUUCAAGGUUGACCCAGAUACAAUCGUUACCAAGCGUGCGGUGUUUGAUGAGGUCUACAAUGCACCGAACGUGUACUAUGCCGCUCCAGACAGGGUUGGAAGCUAUUUCUCUGGCGCGAUGUACGCCUUUAGGAACAAGCCCUUGAAAAAGGCUCUGGAGAUUGCGGAGAUAAUGGCUAUUCCCGAAGAUAGGGGUCCAGAGGACUACCUUAUCGGCUUGGCUAUCUGCGCUGGUGCUUCCCCCAACUACUCGAUGUGCAUCCCCAAGUGGAACGACAAGGCGAACGAGGGAUACUUCUCUGGAUGGGAUUACGGUAUCAAGCCCGAAAACCUUGAAAAGAUGACAAAGUGGUUCUACGACAAGUUCCAGAUAAUUACAUACGGAAACUGGUGGGUAUGGAAAAAACAAGGCAUCACGCUUGACGAUAGACCCAUUGCCGCCCGCCGCAUGCUGGAGUACAUGGAGAAGCAAAAGCCCGCAGUCGAGCUGGAGUGGCGUAAGAAGAACCAUGUCGUUCUGAUGGAUGGAAGUGAUUUGGACGAUGCCUUUGAAAAUGGUCUCAAGUUGGACUACCCAGUUGCGGUAAACAUGUUCUGUAGCAAGGAUGACGAGGACAUGUUGGAGAUUUCAAUCCAGAACAUCUUGAGCAUCUUCCCCAAGAACCCGUUGGAGAUUUACGUCAUGGACGAUGCAGCCAACCCGAUGUCUGCGGAAGCGGUCGAGAGGUUCAAGGCUCUUUCUCCGUCUGUCGUCUACAGCACCACAUCGUUCAAGAGGACGAAGAAGAUGUCUGGAAAGGAGAGCAUUGUGGGUAUGCUGGAGAAGUUCGUGGAGAACGCCAAGGGGGCGCGAGGAUGUAUUGAAUAUCAACAUCGAGCCGAACAGCAUCGUUUGCCACAAGGACAUUUUCGACGAGUUCUACAACUCGAAAAACACUUCGCUUGCCGCUAUCGACAAGUUUGGCGGUUCGCUUUUCAACGUGUGCUACAUCUUUAG